CAAGGCCUUGCCGGCCAUGGUCGCCAUGGAAGGGACACCCGAGCCCCGAGCACGUGGGAGUUGGAGAGAUGCCUUCCUCCAUCGGAGGAAGGACGAAGAAAAACCAGCGCCUCGCCAAAGAGCCGUGCGCGAAAACGACUUUGAGAAGGCUAUGUUGGCGCAAGAUCGCGCUAUGAUCGAGCAGCUUCAGCGGAAACCGCCGCGGGAAAGCGCCGUCCGAAAGAAACCACCGACGCCUCCCAAGGUGUCCCCCUACAAGUUUCGACUGGACACGGCUCCUCCCUCGCCCAGCAACGACUCGGACCAGGUGCAACCUGCCACCGUUUCGACCGUUUCUGAAACGGCUCCGGAGACGGCGGAGACGGGGGAGACGGGGGAGACGGGGCCGGAGACGCUGGACGCAGGUGGUGCCGCGCCAGUUGCUCCGCCACCGGCUGCGCAAGAAACACCGGAGCCGAUUCCGCCGGUGGCGGAGCCACCGGCAGAGCUGCGGGAGCCGGUGGUGGAACAGCCCAGUGUCACAGUGGUGCCGAAAUCGGGCGAGUUGUUUUCAGCCGCCGACAUUGAUAGCAUCAUGAACAGCAUCACUGGCGAGGAGGCCAAAAUCACCCCGUCCACAGUGAAGGCUUCGAUAGAGAGCCGCAGAGACAGGAGAUUGGUCUCUGAGACGGAGUUCAGCAUUCCUGACCGCUCCAAGCUGCGUGAUCAGAUUCGAGCCAUCGAUUCGUGGUUGGAAGAUGAUGUCACCUGCUCUGAGCAGGUCAAAGAAGGCCUGAGACUCCGACAUGAUGACGUCUCCCUGCAAGAGGUCAUGGCCAAGACAGGCAAAGCCUCCAAGGCGGAAGGCGCCUCAGAGGCGGAGCUCUUCAGCAAGUUGGAAUCGGCCAAGAGCCGCAGCAAGGCCGGGGAAAAGUUGCCAGCGGCCGAAAUGAAGGACCUGGCCCAAAGAGCAAAACCCAUGCUGCCCAACAUGAACUUAGAGAAACUCGUGCGUGCCUUGAACCUCUUUUCCGCCACGGGCUACGAGGAUUACGACUUGUAUCUCAACGUCUUGGGUGAGAUUCCGGUCCAGGUCAGAGGCAUUUCACCUGAACUUCUGACCAAGUGCUUAAGACUCCUUUGGCGCCUGAGACUCAAUGAGGAGACCUACUUGGAGUUGUUCUCCAUGGAGGCCAUGAACAUGAUCCGCGCCAAGAAGCCGCCACGCCGGCCGCCAGUGCGGCGACCGGCCGAGGCGCCGCUAGAGGUGAAGGCCGCGCCAAAGCCAGCCCUGGCUCCCUUCAGCGGCCGUAUGUUGAUCCAGAUCGGGAAUUGCCUCACCCAGCUGGGGGCCAAACAUCCCAGUCGAUUUAUGGAUGUCUACCAGGAGCAGAUUGCCAUUGCCAUUCCCAGCCUAUCGCAAGAAGAUUGUGAGCUGGUGACUCCCUGCCUGGCAGCCUCUCCGCUCUUGCCCGACGCGCUGCGCCGAGCGUUUCUGGAACGCUGUGCCGAGGUCGAUGCAGGUGCUCCCUUGGUGGCACCUGAGGCAUCAGCUACUCCAGAGAUUGCAAGAUACCAGCGAGAUGCUGAGGUGUACAGGCGCCGUGCCAAGCACUUGCGAAACAUCUUCAUGAUCGAGGCUUCCAUUCGGAAAGAGACCUGGGCCUUCUUUUCUUCCCUGCCAGCCGAGGUGCGAAGCUAUUUGGAUCGCGUGCACGAGCGAAGUAAAGAGCUGAAACAUCCGAAGCCGCUGGGAUUUGCCGCAGAGGUGGCCACGGUCCUGGAUCAGCUGGGGGUUCCCACCUGGAGUACUAUGGCAGGGCCAUUGGAGGUACACCUGGUGCAGGCCAAUACCCCUGGCGUGGAAGCUGAAGAUGUGGUUUACGAAUGCAAUGAAGCCGAAGCAUACUGUGCGAUGCGACAGGAGGACAGAACCCCACAGCUGACUAUGGCUACCAAGUUCCGGCACAAGCUGCUUCAGAGGUCCACCCGGCACAGGCUGGGCUUGCAGUUGGUGCACAUCAACUACUGGGAAUGGAGUCGUCUCAGUGAGGCCCAACGCAUCAACUACAUGGUGAAGCUGCAAGCGCGACAAGUUGGCUAAGCCCAGCCCAUCCAGCGAGGAAAUGUCAUCAGUUGUCCAGUUUUAUUUUGAGCCAUUAAGACUUGGUGGUAAGACUUGGUGGCAAGUCUUGACUAACUUGACUCAUCCAC